CCCACUUUUCCCUUGGUUAUCGAUAGCUAGUGGGUGUGGCGGUGAUGUGACAGCCAUCCAGCUAUUGCGAGACAUCCAUACACUUCAACCUAAACUGCGCAACAACAGAACUUUUGUAGAAACGUCAACCCUCGAUACGCGUGUCGUUGGAAUACCCCGAGAUGGCCCGCAAAAUGCCAGACGCAUGUCUACAGAGUCUUAGUUGCCUGUAUGCAUGCGUAAGCGGAAGUCAAGCAUAUCUCUAUCCGGUCCUAACCACUCGCUCAUUACAUACACGGGCACUUCUACUUUAGACAGUCACUUGAGACUCCUAAGAUAUAUAGAUCUAACUGUUCUAGAUCUUCUUUCUACAUUGAUAACCGAUACCCUCGAUCCCCAUUUCUCAAGUUUAUAACCCAGUUCACUACCAACAACUUAACAUCCACCAAAAUGAAGGUCUGCACAGUCCUCGCCCUCUUCGCGGCUACUGCCGUAGUAGCUCAGAGGGAUACCGAGAUUGGUACUGGGGAUGCUACGGCUACGGCUACAGCCACGGCUACGGCGGCAGUACCCGCAACCGCAACUGGCACAGACGUUGCCAAUAGUGGUGUCAGUAGUGCUACUGGCAGCGCUGACGUUGAUACUAGCGCUACCAGCGAUGCAGUUGCAGAAACCACUAGUAGCGACAUCGUUGUUGCUACCAGUGCCAGCGACGCUGCAUCUCCUACCACUAUCGUUGUACUCCAGAGCACAACUGACGCGGAAUCCUCUGUUGUAGCCGGAACCGAUAUCGCCAGCUCUACCGCCGUCCAGGAAGCAGCUACCACAGACGUGGUUGGAACAGGAUCGGUUGAAACGGCAUCGGCUACAUCCGGAACGGCUGGAACCGGUGUUGCCUCAGCAUCUUCCAGCUCGGAAUCGGGUGUUAAUACUACUCUCGCGACCAGCGUUAAAGGUGGCGGAGAAGCUACCGCCUCUCCUUCUGGCCCCAGUGGCACUUUCGACAUUGGCGACUCGUCUGAGACUUCAAGCUCAACUCUCGUGCCGGAUGCCGGCGCCGGCGCCACAUUCGGAGCCGGUUCUAACAGCAUGUUGGCUCUUGUCGCUCUGGCCGCAGCCGCCGUGUUGAUUUAGAAGACGUGCGCAAUGCGCCCGGACCGAAUAAGUUUCCACGACAUCUAUAUGCUGUAUAAGCCUAUCGCUAGAUA